AUGGAUAACUGUUGUGCUCAGGUUGUGGUGAAUGAGAUUGAAGUAGAGUUCUUGUUUUGUAUCUCAGUUUCUCUCUUUUUGCACAAAUUGAAUUUAACCAAAUACUACGGAGAUCUCAGACUAAUCAAUGGAGGAUAUUUGAAUAUUCACAUCAAUUGUAUCGGUAGAGAGUAUUGGGUUGUUUGUAAAUAUUUCAUUAAUAUCUGUGGAGAGGACUGCUGCUGUUCAUCGGCUCUUUUAAUGCUUCAAUUGGAUGGUAUUCAACCUGGAGACGGUGUGAAGGCUGAACGUUCCCCCGGACUGACUGGCACACUGACUGGCUCAAUGAUGGAAUUACAAACAUUACAGGAGGCCUUGAAAGUGGAAAUACAAGUCCAUCAGAAACUGGUCACCCAGAUGAAACAGGACCCACAGAAUGCUGAUCUGAAGAAGCAGCUCCACGAACUUCAGGCUAAGAUCACAGCGCUUAGCGAGAAGCAGAAAAGCGUUGUGGAGCAGCUGAGGAAGGACCUGCUGGUGAAACAGGAGCCAGAGGUAACGGUGCAGGUGCCGGCUGCAGACAAACACGUCCUCCAGAUCCCCUCCUCUGCCACUCUGCUGGCCCUACAGCAGACCACACACACCCAGGCCCUGCAGCAGAAGAUGCUGGCAGUCACCCCAGUCAUCACCACUAAGACUCUACCUCUAGUGCUGAAAGCUGCCACUCCCACCAUGCCUGCCUCUGUCAUGAUGCAGCCUCCCUCCACGGUCACUGCCAUCAGCCACACCUCCAAGCCCGGUGCCAUCAUCUCUGACAACUCCAACUUCCGAAACACACCAGUCAACCUCCAGGUGGCCAGCAAGUUGACCAAUCAGGGUUCAGAGUCCGUGCGUCUGGUGUCAAAGAAUUCGUUGUGUGUGCAGGCCACCACCACCCCCACCUCAGCACAGCCAGUCAAAGUUCCUCAGUUUGUCUCUCCUAAAAUGACGCCUCAUCCCACCUUUCAACCACAGUGCGUCCGGGCGAAGCCCAACAGCGUGCCCAUUGCCCCAGCACCCCUUCGGCCCAUGAUGACGGCGCUCCAGCUGCUCCAGCGGGGCCCGGUGAUGCUGACCAACAAGCUGAGCCCCUCCUCGCUGCCCUCCAGCGCCGGGCUCAUCCACCAGGUUCGCAUCAUCAAUGGCCAGCCCUGCGCUGCCAAGAGCGGCCAGCCCACAGGCAUCUUGACGGGCAUUGUCAUCACGGCCCCGGCAUCGGUGCAGACACUGCAAAUCAGCGGCCUAACCUCCGACACCAAGACUGUUAAAGCACGGGGGGGAUUGGGGCAGAAGAUGUUGGUGAGCAGGACCCCUCCUCUGUCUCCAGCACCACUAAAGAGAGAGGACAAUCCUCAGAAACUUGCCUUCAUGGUGUCCCUCGGACUUGUUACCCAUGACCGUUUGGAAGAAAUUCAGAGGAGGAGGCAGGAGCGUAAGCGAAGAACAACGGCCAAUCCGGUGUACAGUGGAGCUGUGUUUGAGCCUGAGAGGAAGAAGAGUGCAGUGACCUACCUAAACACUCCGCUCCACCAGGGCACCAGGAAAAGAGGUCGCCCUCCCAAAUACAGCAGCGAUCCGAAGCUGGGCAGUCACACCCCGACCUCCCCCUCCAGCUGUCUCACUGCCUCCCCGGCACCCGAGUGGCCCAACACAGGGGGGAGCUUCCCCUUCCAUGUCCAUCCCCACCACACUCUCCCCCUGCCCAGCCCCAGCUCUGGGGAUGGAGACAUCCAUGAGGAUUUCUGCACUGUGUGCAGACGCAGUGGCCAGUUGCUCAUGUGUGACACAUGCUCACGUGUCUAUCACCUGGACUGCCUGGACCCAUCCCUGAAAACCAUUCCUAAAGGCAUGUGGAUCUGUCCCAAAUGUCAAGAGCAGAUAUUGAAAAAAGAAGAUUCAAUUCAAUGGCCAGGAACAUUGGCUAUUGUUAAUUCCUAUAACGCCUAUAAAGAAGCUAAAGAAGAGGAGAAACAAAAACUAAUGAAGUGGAGUGCUGAGCUGAAACUGGAGCGAGAACAGUUGGAACAAGGGGUCAACCAACUCAGGAACUCCAUAACGGAAUGCAUGGAGACCAAAAACACCAUCCUGUCUCGACAGAACGAAAUGCAAGUUUCGUUGGAGAAGGUCAAACACUUGGUCCACCUCAUUCAGGCUAUCCAUUUCAGUCAAACCGUGGAGACCGAGGGUACAGGUGCCUUCACAGAAGACAUCACAGAAGACAUCAGGGCCAAGGAUGCAAUUGUCCCAGCUGAAAAUGCAGUAGACGCCAUCAACACCCAUGCUGUAGCAGAAGUCCAUAUCCAGUUUGUGGAUGGGGUAAAGGCCGAGGUCACAGCACUGAACAGCACCAAUGUUGAAGCCGGGACGAGGGUUGUUGUAGCUCAUGUUGCCACAGACAAGGUAGCAGGAAUCAGUGCUGAGGCUGCUGUUGACAUCUGCGUUGAGCCUGCUGCCGAGGUCUACACUGAGACUGCAGUGGGCGGCAGUGUUGAACCUGGUGCUGAGUUCAAUAACGCUGAGGAAGUGACGGAAGCCAAUGCAGUAGUCGGUGCAGUGAACUUUACAGUGGCCACAAACAAUGCUACCACUGACCUUGUGUGUACUGACAUGAGCAUGGAUGAGAGCUGUACUAACAACACUAACACCAUACCUGAGAACAAGGUCACCACCACGAACAGCACAGAGGAGGUGAUGGAACAGGAAGAGAACACAAACAUUGACAACAGCAGCACCAACAACAUCAACACCUCAGAACCUUCCCAGCAAUCUUUGCAAGCUCUUCUCGACAGUUUGGACAAUAAAGACUAACACUCCAUCUCUUGGAUUGAAAACCCCCCAACAUAAAAAAAGAAGACUUUAGCUUUCACUUUUGAAAGGUAACUGAAAUUGGCAAUCUAUAUACAUACUUGAUUCCAAUGUAUAUUCAGACUGUGUAAAUAGUAGAUCUACAGCCCAAGUCUGAGAUUGCUAUUGGAUGCUGUAGGUUAUUAUACCACAAACAUGGGUGAAAGGGUGGCUUGUGUACCAGUGUCAUGCCAAUUUUGAGGAUAGAAAAGAGCAGUAGUAAUGGUAAAAGUAAGAAUUUAUAACAUCACACCAGUGUGUGCCUGCAACAGUUCCCCUCAGAACUCUCAUAGGGGUUUAUCUUAGGUUAUCUUCUGUUUUCUUCUAUCUUCGGAUGCAGGUUAGAGAUGUCUAAAGACUGCGUGCUGAACAGAGGCCAUGUUUCUACGGCAUUAACUGAGAACAAAAUAAAACCAAAACAUAAGCAAAACAGCUGAGGGACAGGACUUUGAAAAAGUGUCAGUAUUUGUUAACAGUGGGGAAACAUUGAGGUGUUUGAUCGUCAUUGAAAAUCAAAAAGGUAAAACAGGAGAGCCUUCAGUUAUCCCAAUACCUUCCUCCCCUUUCCCCAUUCUCACUCUUACAUGACCGAUAACUAUGGACCCAUUUACACAAAACCUCAGGCAAAAAAGAAGAAAGUAAAGCAGCAUCCACGUGCUUUGGAAGUAUGAGGCAAACUGCUUAUAGAGCUGGCUGGUUAGGGCCUUGCUGAGGAAGACCCAGUUAACAAAGACGGUCAUCUCAAGAUAGAGUGGAGUCAGAUCACGGUAUCAUGGUAUCUUAAUGUUUUAAAAUGGUGUAGAUCCAGUGCAGUAAUUGAGUUAAAUUUGUGAGUCAGUGUCAACUGUGAGCACUAAAUGUGAAAUUGCAAUAAUAUUGCAUUGUCAAAAACAAACACGCAAAAAUAUAUCUGCAGUGUGUUUCUUUUAUAGGAUAAGAUAUUCAUUCAGGUCUUCCUAGUCUUCAAAAGUAAGUGCAUUUCUGUUGCAUAAAACAGUUGUUUGUUAAUAAAUGUUUUUAACUGGCAUAGUUUAUGCAUUUAAUUAUCUUUUAAAAGAGGUGACCUUUGCAUAUUAUGAAAUGUACAUUUUUGUUUAAUUCUGAACUGCCAAAAUGCUGUUGUAUCCAAAUAUAGCAGGGACAUGUCCACUAACUGUAUGGAAAGAUAAAGAACGAAAUGUAUUAUUCAAUACCAUCUUGGGAAUUGGCAAUCCCUGGUAAAUAAGUGCUUAUUCAACAAUCUCAUCAAAAUAUCUUUAUUUUCUGGAAACUGGAGGGUUUGUUGUUUCAGUCCAUUUUGGUGAUUAAAGCACAAGCUUGCUGUAUAACAAAUAAGUGCUGAAAAGCUUUUUUGUAUGUUACGUAUGGAACAAAACAGAUUAUGCAUUUUGUUUGUUGUCAUGUAAUUUAGUCCCAACAAAAUAUUUUUGUAUGACCCAACUGAUCUUUGAGAGUGAGUCUUAGGCCUUGUCCAGGAGAAAUGUUCCCUCUCUCCUACUGCUGGAACAUGCUUGGAUAAGAGAAUUGACCAAUCCCCAAAAACUCAAUAGAUUUGGCUUCCUCUGGUAUUUUUUUUUGUAAUGCUCCAUCAACAUAAAGUCAGCAAAAAAAGAAACGUCCUCUCACUGUCAACUGCGUUUAUUUUCAGCAAACUUAACGUGUAAAUAUUUGUAUGAACAUAACAAGAUUCAACAACUGAGACAUAAACUGCACAAGUUCCACCUACAUAAUGUGUCCCUGAACAAAGGGGGGGUCAAAAUCAAAAGUAACAGUCAGUACCAGCUGCAUUCAGUACUACAGUGCAUCUCCUCCUCAUGGACUGCACCAGAUUUGCCAGUUCUUGCUGUGAGAUGUUACCCCACCAAGGCACCUGCAAGUUCCCAGACAAUUCUGGAGGGAAUGGCCGUAGCCCUCACCCUCCUAUCCAACAGGUCCCAGACAUGCUCAAUGGGAUUGAGAUCCUGGCUCUUUGCAGGCCAUGGCCAUGGCAGAACACUGACAUUCCUGUCUUGCAGGAAAUCACGCACAGAACGAGCAGUAUGGCUGGUGGCAUUGUCAUGCUGGAGGGUCAUGUCAGGAUGAGCCUGCAGGAAGGGUACCACAUGAAGGAGGAGGAUGUCUUCCCUGUAAAUGCGUUGAGAUUACCUGCAAUGACAACAAGCUUAGUCUGAUGAUGCUGUGACACACCGCCCCAGAUCAUGAUGGACCCUCCACCUCCAAAUCGAUCCCGCUCCAGAGUACAGGCCUCGGUGAACGCUCAUUCCUUCGAUGAUAUACGCAAAUCCGUCAAUCACCCCUGGUGAGACCAAACCGCGACUUGUCAGUGAAGAGCACUUUUUGCCAGUCCUGUCUGGUCCGACGACGGUGGGUUUGUGCCCAUAGGCGCUGCUGUUGCCGGUGAUGUCUGGUGAGGACCUGCCUUACAACAGGCUUACAAGCCCUCAGUCCAGCCUCUCUCAGCCUAUUGCGGAAAGUCUGAGCACUGAUGGAGGGAUGGUGCGUUCCUGGUGUAACUCAGGCCGUUGUUGUUGCCAUCCUGUACCUGUUCCGCAGGUGUGAUGUUCGGAUGUUCCGAUCCUGUGCAGGUGUUGUUACACAUGGUCUGCCACUGCAAGGAUGAUCAGCUGUCCGUCCUGUCUCCUUGUAGUGCUGUCUUAGGCGUCUCACAGUACGGACAUUGCAAUUUAUUGCCCUGGCCACAUCUGCAGUCCUCAUGCCUCCUUGCAGCAUGCCUAAGGCACGUUCACGCAGAUGAGCAGGGACCCUGGGCAUCUUUCUUUUGGUGAAGUUAUUUGGAUUUUUACGAAUUGUCUUUGAAAGACAGGGUCCUGAAAAAGGGACGUUUGUAUUUUUGCUGAGUUUAUUUGUCUGUUUUAUAAUUUGUUGGGCCAAUACCCAGGUUUUUUCCAUUUUUCGACCAAGUCGAUCAUGAAUUUCACCAGACUGUUCAUAAACCUUUGGGGUUGGGACCAUUCAGAAGAUCUGUGAAGGAUCUUUUUUGAGCGAGCCUCAGGUCUUCUCAUUUGAAAUUAACAAAAAAAAAUGUUUAUGCUAUACUGUUGCAUUAUAUAAAGUGCAAAGAGGGCAACAUGGAGUUGGGUCUUACAUGAUUUACACCCUUGAUAAAGAUGAGCAAAAAUGACUAAAAUAAAUAAUUAUAAUACUUAGCUAUAUUGUACACUCAACAAAAUGGGGAAAGUAUAUUAUUUUAUACAAUUGCUCAGAAAGAUUUUGUUUUAGCAAGUAAUCUUUUUUUCUCAAAGGUAGGGGUCAAAAUUAUUGACACCCCUAUUGUCAAUAGCAUUUUAAUACCUCACGAGGAUAAUGGCACUGAGCCUUUUUAUAAAAUGUUUUAUGAGUUGGAGAAUACACUUGGAGGGAUCUAAAACCAUUCGUCCAUUCAGAGUCCUUCCAAAUCCUCCUGGCAGAGGAAACCAGGUUUUGGCUCAAAUGUCCUGAUACUGGGUAAAGUUCAUGAUGCCGCUGACCUUAACAAGCACCCCAGGACCUGUGGAAGCAAAAUAGCUGCAUAACAUAAAAUACUCCCUACCAUAUUUUAUAAUAGUCUUUUCUGCUCAUGCAUUCUAAUUUCAACACCAAACCCACCACUGUGUGCGGCCAAAGAGCUAUAUUUUCAUGUCUUUACCCAGUACCAGGACAUUUUAGCCAAAACCUGGUUGCCUCUGCCAGGAGGCUGAAACUUGGCCGCAAGUGGAUCUUUCAGCAAGAAAAUAACCCCAAGCACACUCCUGAAUUUAUUGACCACCAAAUCAACAUUUUGAAAUGGCCAUCUCAGUUUCCGGACUUGAAACCCAUUGAAAACCUGUAUAUGAAUUGAAGAGAGCAGUCCAUAAGCGCAGUCAAAGGAUAUCAAGUAUCUGGAAGGAUACUGUAUGGGAGAAUGGUCUAAUAUCCCUCCCAAUGUGUUCUCCAACUAAUAAAACAUUGUAGAAAAAAGGCUCAGUGCCGUUAUCCUAACAAGAUGAGGUAUUGAAAACAGGGGUGUCAACAUUUUUGAUCCCUACCUUUGAGGGGGAAAAGUAUUACUUGUUAAACAAAAUCUGUCAUUUGUAUUUGUAUGAAAUAAUGUAAUUUCCUUAAUGUUUUGCUCAUGUUUAUCAAGGGUGUCAAUCAUUUCAGACCCCACUGUUCAUCAUGUUUACUUCAAUCCAUGACCAAUCGACAUAUCUUUGGAGAAUGUUUGCUGUUUAAAUAACAGGGACUUGAAAUAAUUUAACAAAUAUAUGACAUUCAAGGGACGACGUCUUCUUAACAUUGCACAUUUUUUUAUAGUUAGCUAUAUAAUAAAUAGCAUCUAUAUUUUCUCCUCUCUGAGUCGUUAUAGAGAUUCAUUUUUUCUAUUUUUAUUUUAACCCAUCUUAAUGUCCAAGGAAAAAGGGAUAGUUUGACAAAGAUAUGCAAUCAACUGCAAUGGCUAUACUGUCUUGUACUUCCUCAUAGAUUGAAUGAAAGGGGUUCUUUGCCUUGUGAGUCUUACACGAUACUCGUAAGGACAUAUCUACAUCAAGACCGUACAGAAUUGAUUUCCUGGGUGUCCCAUGUUUUUCAUACUGUUUCCCUUGAAUACAACAAAAUAUUCAGACAUUGUCUGUAAAGCCUGAACGUAUGUUACAGAGCAACUUGAUCUUUCCCCUUUUUAGGUACCUCGAGUGCCUUUCUUCCAACAGCAUAUUUUGUCUCUUGACUUGCACUGUGACUUGUAUUAUUAACUUACUACACAAACACACUGGUCUAUUUCUUGUCCUAUGUUAUUCCCAUGUGAUUUUAUAUCCACCCACAAAACUCAAGAAUCUUCAGCAAAUAUAUGUAUCUGAAAUAUAGAGCACAAUUGAAUCAGCAUAUGGAAAAUAACUUUAAGCUUUAAGUUAAGUACGUUGAGUUGACUUUGUUUCAGGCUAUUGGAUAUGUUUGUUUUUUCUACAAGUAGUCUGUAUAGCAGCUGCCUUAAAUGUAUUUUUGAAAUGUAUUUUUUGUCCUUAAAAGGUGAAUUCAAUUUAUUUUGAAUGAUCUGUAUUGGGGAACACCUGUAAAAUGAAUGGGCAAAUUUCUGUGGUUUCUUCAUAGAUGUGCACCACUCAGUAGUUUGUUCAAAUGUCACAGGAACUGGUACGAUAUUUGUGAAGGAUUAUUCAAAAACUCUUAAACAGGUGUGACUUUUAGAAUGUUUUUUUUUUGUGAUGCACUUUGGGUGAUUUCCCAGACUAAAAUAUGUGAUGUGUGUAUAUAAUAUGAAAUAGAAAUCUGGAUGAUAUCCUUUUACCCUGAAUUUACCUCUCUCUUGUUGAGAUUCUACAUAGGCAUGUUGUGGUAGUCUAGUCUCCUCAGCAUUAAAACUCAGUCAGGAUCGCGCCAGUGAUCAUUAUUUGUCCCCUACUUCUGCACCUUUUUUUAUUUUCUCACCCAUUCUUUUGUCUGUCUUGCCGUAAGCUUGAUAAUAUCAGGUCAUAUGAAAAUGUGAUUUUCCUGUGUUUUAUAAAUAUUUCCAGUAUGUUGUUGGAAUAAUACUAUGAAAAUGAUAGUGACAUUUUAGUGUAAGAGCUGUUUGAAAAGACAGCCUGAAAUUUCAUCCUGCCUGGUGACAUCACUAGGCGGAAAAGUUAAUAGACAAUAAGGAAGUUUCAAACCUCUGCCAAUAAUAGCUAGUUUUCCCUGUCCGACUCAGACCACUCCCAGACAGUCCUACCAAAAGUCUUGCAUAAGAAAUUGCUCUUUGCUAAGAAACUAUUUCAUUUAUUGCUGAGCAUUUUAAUUGAAAACAAUCACAGUAAGGUACUUAAUUGUUACCUUGAAAUGAUUUGAUAUUGAGACAACUGCUGCAUUGGAUUUUUUCAGCAGUUGAAACAAUAACAAAGCGUUUUCCAGCCACUGUUUUGGUAAAAAGCCGAGGGAUGGAGCUGGAAAAAGUAACCACUCUAAAAUGAAUAGACAGAGCUAUGGAUGCCAGGACUGACCAUCCAUGAUAUCAAAAUUGUAGUUUUAAUGUUUUGAGGCUUUACAUUGUUUAUCUUACUUUGUUUACAAACAUUGGAGUAAAACAAGUUUAUUUUGGGUUCUGAUGGGAACGACAGUUGAACUAAGCUCAUGAGGCAUUUACUUUCUAAGUUAUAUUCAAGAAUCAACGGGUACAUAUCAUUAAUUUAUAAGUCCAAAAAAUGGAUGUAGCAACUUCUGAUUGACCAUUUAAACCCCCUUAGCAGCAGCUUUCCAAUCAUUCCAACAGAAAUUAUGCCAUCUUAUGCAAGUUUUUUUAUACAAAUGUUUGUCAAACGUUUUUAAUACACAUUACCUUCGGUUUUUAUGUGAAAUUAGUCACUUUUCUUUUUCCAUUCUGGCAACAUGAUUCCAUAACUAUAUUAUACAGUGGAUGGAUGUCUCAGUAUAAGAAAAUUCAAGCUUUUCUUACAAAUAAACACCAUUUUGUAUGGCAUCUCUGGCAAUAAUGUUAUUGCUUAAAUAUAAGGCCCAGGGGGGUGUGCUAUAUGGCCAAUAUACCACGUCUAAGGACCGUUCUUAUUCAUGACACAACGCAGAGUGCCUUGAUAUACAGCCCUUAGCCGUGGUAUAUUGGCCAUAUAUCAUAAACCCCUGAGGUAACUUAUUGCUAUAAGAGUUGAAGUUGGAAGUUUACAUACACUUAGGUUGGAGUCAUUAAAACUCAUUUUUCAAACAUUUCUUGUUAACAAAAUAUAGUUUUGGCAAGUCGGUUAGGACAUUUACUUUGUGCGUGACACAAGUCAUUUUUACAACAAUUGUUUACAGACAGAUUAUUUCAUGUAUCAUUCACUGUAUCACAAUUCCAGUGGGUCAGAAGUUUACAUACACUAAGUUGACUGUGGCUUUAAACAGCUUGGAAAAUUAUAGAAAAUGAAGUCGUGGCUUUAAAGCUUCUGAUGGAUGUAUUUCAUGGCCUACCUUUCAACUCAGUGCCUCUCUGCUUGACAUUAUGGGAAAAUCAAAAGAAAUCAGCCAGGACCUCAGAAAAAAUUGUAGACCUCCACAAGUCUGGUUCAUCCUUGGGAGAAUUUCCAAACGCCUGGAGGUACCAUGUUCAUCUGUACAAACAAUAGAAUGCAAGUAUAAACACCAUGGGACCAUGCAGCCAUCACACCACUCUGGAAGGAGAUGUGUUCUGUCUCCUAGAGUUGAACGUACUUUGGUGUACAAAAAGUGCAAAUCAAUCCCAGAACAACAGCAAAGGACCUUGUGUGAACAUGCUGGGGUAAAUGGGUACAAAAGUAUAUAUAUCCACAGUAAAACGAGUCCUGUAUCGACAUAACCUGAAAGGUCGCUCAGCAAGGAAGAAGCCACUGCUCCAAAACCGCCAUGAAAAAGGCAGACUACAGACUGCAACUGCACAUGGGGACAAAGAUUGUACUUUUUGGAGAAAUGUCCUCUGGUCUGAUGAAACAAAAAUAGAACUGUUUUGGCCAUAAUGACCAUCAUUAUGUUUGGAGGGAAAAGGGGGUGGCUUACAAGCCGAAGAACACCAUUCCAACCGUGAAGCACUGGGGUGGCAGCACCAUGUUGUGGGGUGCUUUUGUUGCAGGAGGGACUGGUGGACUUCACAAAAUAGAUGGAAUCAUGAGGGAGGAAAAUUAUGUGGAUAUAUUGAAGCAACAUCUUAAGAGAUUAGUCAGGAAGUUAAAGCUUGGUCACAAAUGGGUCUUCCAAAUGAACAAUGACCCCAAGCAUACUUCCAAAGUUGUGGUAAAAUGGCUUAAGGACAACAAAGUCAAGGUAGUGGAGUGGCCAUCACAAAGCCCCGACCUUAAUCCAUAGAAGUUUUGUGGGCAGAACUGAAAAGGUGUGUGUGAGCAAGGUGGCCUACAAACCUGACUCAGUUACACCAGCUCUGUCAGGAGGAAUGAGGCAAAAUUCACCCAAUUUAUUGUGGGAAGCUUGUGCAAGGCUACCCAAAACAUUUGACCCAAGCUAAACAAUUUAAAGUCAAUGCUACCAAAAACUAAUUGAGUGUAUGUACACUUCUGACCCACUGGGAAUGUGAUAAAAGUUUAAAUAAAUCAUUCAUCCGAGAUUCUACAGAUUGGUGUCUUUUUAAAUGGCCCAAUGUAUACAUAAAGGAGAUAAGUCUCAUCAGUUUCCUCAGACUAGCUAAGAUUAGUCACUCCACUUAAUUCUCAUCCCAUAAAAUAAUUGGCAACUUUGAAUUGGAUCAAAUGAAGAAAGUGUAGAACACUCUUGUAAUCCUAUUGUUUGUCACUGUGAGAACCUUGCAGAAAGAAGGGAGCAUUCUAGAAUGGUAGCUUCUCUUCUCUUUACUGAUCAGUGUGCACCUUGUCAGGUUGUGUGUUUUGUUAGCUUCUACUGUAAGGAUAUUGAGAUCUUGGAUUUGCAAUUAUGGUUGAAUAUCCUCUGUGAGGCGUCUCACAAUGGAGUCUGAUGAAUGACAGGAAUUGUGAAACUGAGUUGAAAUGUAUUUGGCUAAGGUGUAUGUAAACUUCCUAAACUGGUAACCAGCGUAAUUAGAACAGUAAAAAAUACAGGUUUUGUCAUACCUGUGGUAUACAGUCUGAUAUACUACGGCUUUCAGACAAUCAGCAUUCAGGGCUCAAACCACCCAGUUCAUUGGAAUUAUCUAAUGGCAGAGGAUUUUAAUGCCGUGAACUAUGAAGUCUCUGUGCAAUUGGACCAUUCUUUUGAUUCAAUUUCUGCCUUCACUAAUGCACCAUGCCUAAUGUUAUUGUUACUUUGGGACAGUGAGUGCAAAAUUCAGUAUACUGUCCUGUAAAAAAAUAUAUAAAUAAUAAUUAACACAUUAAUUUAAAGUACUAAUCUCUAAAACCAAUAUACCAAAAGCAAAUGUGCAUUUAUAUUUGGAAGCCCUUAUGCAUUUAAUAAAUAUCAGCCUCAAAAACGGUUAAUUUCUGCUUCAGUACAAUGUAUAAGUUCACAGGUGUGAAAGAAAAAGCAGUUGGCAGCUGAGACUCACUCAGAUGUAUGUUAUUGGGCUUGUGGGUUUUACAGUGGAAGUAGUAUAUUUUAUGCAUAACAAUGGCAUUUCCAGUUAAUUCCAGAGUGAAUCUAGAGUAGCUCACUUAUACAUUCUCACCAGUGCAUUAUAUAUUCUGUCAAUGGCUUUUUAAUAUAGUCUAGAUUGUUUUGUUCUUAUGGUAUACCAAGUCAUGAUUGUGGCCUUCUAAUAUUGUUGAUGCAUUUCAUCAUACAUAAUACUUAUAAUUCAUAUGUUGUGACUUCCCUAUUGUUGUAACACCUUGAGAGUCUUACCUCAUCCACUGUAAAUUCAAUUGGGAGGAGUUUCUUCUUUAAGAGUGUGAAAAAGUAUAAUAAAAAAAACUACAUUUGGUGAAAGAUGAUGCAUUGUAGCGAUACGAAUAAAAGGUUCACCUGGUGUGCUGAAUUGUGUAAAUGGUUAAUUACACAAAACAAAAUAUUUGUAAAAUGUUUGUAUUUUUCAUCAUUUUAAAAGGAGUGUUUAUUUUUUUGACAUCUCUUCUGUUACAGAUCUCUCAUUUGUUUGUUCACCUGACAUUGUGAGUGAUCCAGUGUGUUUCUUACCUCUCUCCUGUAUUGAGCCUCUUCUGUGAUUAGUUAUUUGUAUGCAUUGUUUAGAAAAUACUAUAGGGAAUAUGGGAAGAAGUUGAUAUUAGGAAAAUUUGAUCAAUUUGUAUUUAUUUAUUUUAUCAUUUUGUUAAUAAAUUGUCAAAAGCAA